AUGGCCAUACACAUUAAUCUUUUUAUAGUCAAGCUUAAGGAGAACUAUGGAUUUGAUAAAAUAGAGGUGAGAGACAAUGGUGAGGGUAUCAAGGCUGUUGAUACACCUGUAAUGGCAGUGAAGUACUACACUUCAAAGAUAAACAGUCAUGAAGAUCUGGAAAACCUGACAACUUAUGGUUUUCGUGGGGAAGCCUUAGGUUCAAUUUGUUGUGUGGCAGAGGUUUUAAUUACAACACGAACAGCUGCUGAUAAUUUUAGCACUCAGUAUGUUUUAGAUGGCAGUGGUCACAUACUUUCUCAAAAACCUUCACAUCUUGGUCAAGGUACAACUGUAACUGCUUUAAGGUUAUUUAAGAAUCUUCCUGUAAGAAAGCAAUUUUACUCAACCACUAAAAAAUGUAAAGAUGAAAUAAAAAAGAUCCAGGAUCUCCUGAUAAGCUAUGGUAUCAUAAAACCUGGUUUAAGGCUUGUCUUUGUACAUAAUAAGGCAGUUAUUUGGCAGAAAAGUAGAGUAGCAGACCACAAGAUGGCCCUAAUGUCAGUUCUGGGGACUUCUGUUAUGGGCAACAUGGAAUCCUUACAGUACCAUUCUGAAGAAGCUCAGAUUUAUCUUAGUGGAUUCUUUCCAAAGCAUGAUGCUGACCACAGUUCCACAAGUCUUUCAACCCCAGAGAGAAGUUUCAUUUUCAUAAAUAGUCGACCAGUACAUCAAAAAGACAUAUUAAAGUUAGUCCGACGUUAUUACAGUCUUAAAUGCCUAAAGGAAUCCACUCGUUUGUAUCCAGUUUUCUUUCUGAAAAUAGAUGUUCCUACAGCUGAUGUGGAUGUAAAUUUAACACCAGAUAAAAGUCAAGUAUUAUUACAGAAUAAGGAAUCUGUUUUAAUUGCUCUUGAAAAUCUGAUGAUGACUUUUUACGGACCAGUACCUAGUACAAAUUCUCAUGAAAAUGAUAAAACAGAUGUUUCCUCAGCUGAAACAGUAGAAGCAGAUGUGCUUUUUAAUAAAAUAGAAACAUCUGGAAAUAAAUGUCCAAAUGGUGAUAUUGAAACUAUAGCUUCCCAAAAAGGUGUACAUAAUGAUGAAUCUCAAAAAACCACUGAUCAUUGUUUAAAUCACCAAAUAAAUAGUAGUGAUGAUCAUUUUAAUAGUGAAAAUUCUGACAUCAGUAAGAACACUAGAAAUAUAGUUGAAAAAAACAUAAGGAAUAACUUAUCCUGGGAGGAUAUCCAAAGUGAAGGUAGUGAAGCUUGUUUCAAAGGUUCUAUUAAGCAUAUAGAAUUAGAAAAUAGCAGUAAAAGCCAUAUAGAUGAUAGUGGGAAGCAUAAAGAAGCAUUGUCUCCUGAAAAGUCUUUAGAUAUUUGUGCAGAGGACUGGAGCAAGGGAAAUUUACUUAAUUCAAUUGGAGAGAAUAUUGAACCUGUGAAAAUUUUAGUGCCUCAAAACAGUUUAGCUUGCAGAAUAAGUGAUAAUGAUCAAGGCCUUGAACAAAAGAGUCUCAGUGAUGGUUCCUGUAGUAAAAAAUCAAAUGUAAUAGAUAAUAAGUCAGGACAGCUUACGGCUUAUGACUUAAUUAGUAAUCGCGUGAUCAAGAAACCCAUGUCAGCAAGUGCCAUUUUUAUUCAAGAUCAUCGUGCUCAGUUUCUCACAGAAAAUCCUAAGACCAGUUUGGAGGAUGCAGCAGUACAAAUUGAAGAACUGUGGAAGACAUUGACUAAAGAGGAAAAGUUGAAAUAUGAAGAAAAGGCAACUAAAGAUUUGGAACGAUACAAUACUCAAAUGAAGAAAGCCAUUGAACGAGAGUCACAAAUGUCAUUAAAAGAUAACAGAAAAAAGAUAAAACCCACCAGCACCUGGAGUUUGGCACAGAAACACAAGUUGAAAACUUCAUUGUCUAAUCAGCCAAAACUUGAUGAGCUCUUUCAGUCCCAAAAUGAAAAAAAACGGAGUAAAAAUAUUAAAAUAAUAGAGAUACCUUUUUCAAUGGAAAACUUAAAAAUAAACUUUGAGAAACAAAAGGAGUUUGACUCAGAAGAGAAGGAUGAACUUUGCUUAAUCCACAAUCUUAGGUUUCCUGAUGCAUGGCUAGUUGCAUCUAAAACAGAGGUAAUGUUACUGAAUCCAUACAGGGUAGAAGAAGCCCUGCUAUUUAAAAGACUUCUUGAGAAUCAUAAACUUCCUGCAGAGCCGCUGGACCAGCCAAUUAUACUUACAGAAAGUCUUUUCAACGGAUCUCAUUAUUUAGAGAUUUUAUGUAAAAUGGCAUCAAAUAACCAAAGAUGCAGUGGAUCGACUUACCUCUCUGAUCCUCGUCUCACAGCGAAUGGUUUUAAGAUAAAGUUGAUACCAGGAGUUUCCAUUACUGAAAGCCACUUGGAAAUAGAAGGAAUUGCUAAUUGUCUCCCAUUCUAUGGAGUAACGGAUUUAAAAGAAAUUCUCGAUGCUAUACUAAACAAAAAUGCAAAGGAAAUUUAUGAAUGUAGACCUCGGAAAGUGAUAAGUUAUUUAGAGGGAGAAGCAGUACGUCUAUCUAGACAACUACCUAUGUACUUACCAAAAGAGGACAUCAAAAAUACAAUCUAUAGAAUGAAGCAUCAGUUUGCAAAUGAAAUUAAAGGAAAAAGACAUCACCAUGCAUUUGUUGUGUAAGAUGCAUUAUAGUGGACCCAAUGUCUCCAAACAAGGUACAAAUUGUAAUACUCAGAAUUCUUCCUUUGCCCAGCCUUUUCUUUUGCCAGAGUUUCUAUUUCCCAUGAACCAAAUUUUGCAUUUUCUUUUUUCUUCUAUGACUAUCUAUAAAUAUGGGACACCUUUCUUGAAGUAAUCCUUUUCAACUGGUUAAAUGGAGAAAACAACAGCUCAUCAAGAAGAGAGUAAGAAAAGUUGUAUUACAUAUUUGCACCAACUGUAAUCAAAAUGAGGUCUAUUUAACUAUUAAAAGUCAGUAUUUGUUCUUUGAGAGUCUCUUAAAUGGAAAAGCCCAUAUUUUUCUAUCUAGUCCUGAAAUCUACCAAAUCAGUUUGAUAGUAAUGAUAACAGUUUGUUACUUAUUAGUUAGAUACAUUAAGCAUUUAUAGUGUUCUUAUGCUACUGCCUAGCAUGAGACGUAGGACCUAAAGAAUCAUUUGGAUGCACUGAAUAAAAGUAUUUGGGGACUGGGGAGGUGAAUAUAUAAUACUCCUUGACACUACUUUUUAAUAAAGGCUUGUUCAAAUCACCUUCGGGCUAUACUGGCUUUCUGGUGGGACUCUGAAACUGCUCAAGCAAGUGAAUUUGGCCACUUUUUCUGGAACAGGGGCCUAGUUGAAGUGAAGGCUUUUUGAGCCCACAUAGGUCCAAGCUGGCCUUCAUGUUGACAUAACCUACAACUGCCCCAUUCUCUCUCCUCUAUCUCCCCCCAUUCUCUCUCCUCCCCUUCCCCAAAAGCUGGCAGCAGUCCCAACACAUACGAUAAAUGACUAGAGUAAAUGAUGACAGUCAAGCCCUAGCCCUGAGGAUGGAGGUAGCCAAGGGUAUUGAAAUCCUCAUAAUGGAAUCUUAUCCUGGGCAACAUCCACAGUGAAGACAGUGAUGUUGCCGAAGCACAGGAGAGAUGAGGCCUGUAGACUCCUAUUGGACUAAUGUUUUGUCAGGAUAGUAACUAAGCCAUGUCUGAGGUUUUAGAUAUUUAACCUGCUAAAAAAUGUUAGGUCUGAGUUUAGAUGGACUUAUUUUUGUUUUCAUUUUAUUCAGUUGUUGGGACUCAACUUGCAGAAUUUGAAAUCCUU